UGACACUACGAAUUUAACAGUUUAUCCUAAACCAUUACGUCGACUCGAGGCAUAGCAAGGGGUUAAUGACCGAUAACGCGUUUAAGGGUGAAUUCGAGGGUGAAUCCGACAAUCAUAUGUACCAAAGACGCGGCGUUCCGCACGAUUGAGCGGUACGGAUAUGCGCUGACAUGACUCCGAUGGUGUGUCGAACCCUUUAAAGGGCGGUGCGCUGAAAUGGAGGGGCGUCUUUAGUAGGACACGGCUUGCAGCACUAUGUAUCUUCGGGUCGGCUAUAUACAGUAUUGUUUCACUGACGCGCCGGCCGCGUGUGCAACGGUUCGCGCGAUCGCCGUCGGUGCCGACGCCAGGAUCCUCGAUCGAUCCCUCCCGGCCGACCGUGGAUCGAGCGGCGGACGGCCCGAUCGCUUCCAGUCGGCGAUCAUCCUCGGCGUGGUCGUGCAACGUUCGACGGAACGGUUGACGAUCCUCCUAAUGCGGUCUUAACGAUCACUCGAAUAGCGAUUCCAACUGUGGCACAAACGGAAGAAUUCGGAUCGAUACUAAUUGACGACGGGUGCGUUCCUCGAUGGUGAUCGACCGUCGCAAACUGCAAACGAUCGAGCGAAUGAAGAACGGAUGAGGAGAGGAUUUUCGCCAAGUAUACGAUGAACAUAUAGGAUAAGAAGAAUUUUGUAGACGAUAAAAAGAAGGUAUUAUGCUCCGGUAGAAACGCAUAUUCAAUCACAAGAAAAACAGGAGAAAAACAUGAGAGGAAAUCUUGGAUCGAUAAUCUCGUUGAGCGUCGUCGCGUUGUGACUCAUUUACGACUACACGUGAUAAGGAUCGAUAGAAAAAAUGGUAUUCGACGCGAUGUGCGAGGAGCAGAGGAAGCAAUUCUUCAGACAAAGCUAUGGCUCUCAUUUACCCGGGUACACGGGUCAUUGUCCCACCCUCAAAUUUCGCGUUGGAAAGAGAUUCGGAGCGAGUACAGAGGAGAUAAUGAAGGAAUUAUUAGAAAAGAAGAUUCUUAAGACUGGACCAUAUAGACCAAAGUCCGGCAGAGAAGCCGAGUUACCAACUCUUCAAGAUAAAGAAAUCAGAAGAGAUUGGCCUAGCGAACCUGGAUCGUACAAGGCACCUCCAUAUAUUCUAGGAUAUACCGGAUAUAUUCCUGGCUUCAACAAUAGGUUUGGUCUAUCUUUUAUGAGAGCAGUGGAAGCUGGUGCCAAAGAAUGGCACGAGGCACAAAUGAAACUGAGAGCGCAACGAGAUGCGAUGAGGGCUCAUGCCGAGCGAACAGAUCCGAGAAAUCUUCUGUCUCGAGCAAGAACCGACAAUGUGGACAUUGAGAUCGAUCACGGUCAUGACAAAGACAGAAGGACCUAUGAUUAUCAUGUCUCCCCAGAAAGACCGCCAAUUGUCGGUUAUACAGGUCACAUUCCAGGAGCAAAGGGAGAAGUCGCGCUUUCCAAGAGGUACGCUCAAGCCGCUAGAAAAGGAUUAGAGCGUGUCCAAAGGGAACGUGAAGAAAGGCUCAGUAGGACUAAAGAUAUGAACUCUGUUGAGAGAGUCCUUGACAAUGCGUACCUUGACGAAACAGGACACACGCGUGCAUAAGAUGAUACAGGAAUAUGGUUUCUAACUGCAGCAUACAAAAUGAGAUAAUAAUGCGUUUAGACAUUAAAGGGAAGAAAAACUGAGAAUAAAUGUAAUAAAGAACAAUCCAAGUAGCAAGGUAACGUUAAAUAUUAUAACAUCUUAAUUAUCUUUAAUGUUAAUUAAAUGUUAUUAAAAAAUAAAACGUCAUCUUGCUAUUUAGAAAGUAUUAUAAGUAUGAUACAAGAUAUUUCCAAACAUGUAACUUCCGAAAUUUUGCC